UUGCAGGGCCUUGGAUCGAUUUAUCUCUUCCGCAACCAUACCGAAGUGGAGUCCUUCGACCGUUACAGUAACACUGGUUACAAGAGCCUGCGUCCCGGACAUCAAUAUGAAAUUGGUGCGCGAGAAUGCGACGGCUUCAUUUCCAAUACAUUUAGCAGCGCUUCCAGCUCGGCUCCCGGCUAUUCAUCGCGUUAUCAAGCAGAUUUCUACGCAAGUUUUACUUCUUUCCUUGAAAUUAAACUGUCCGUGGCAGGUGCUUUUAACUGGUGA